GGGUACUACACCCUGUUGGGGCGGAGCGCACUCCUCGGGACACUCGAGGAGUGGAUCUAGGAGAAGGCAGGGUAUAUCUAGCUCAAUUGAGCGGACAACGUAGCACUCUCCUCUUCCAUUUCGCUUCUCGAAUUCCUGCUUCUACACUUACAAAGCGUUUCCACGUUAAACGUCAAGCACCACGUACGCACGGACGCGUUGACAUCCGGUUUCACAUCUUCUGUCACCCAGACUUUCGCCUGAAGAGAAGGGAUCCGACUCAGGAGUGAUCGACAUUCUUCGCAAGCGCUUCUCGUCAUAUACUCCCUUGGGUUUCCCGAAAGCUACAAGAGAGCAACAUCUGCGAUAGGCAUUUGAAGGCACUGAAAGAGAGGAGGAUCUACAAACACAUACGCCCACGACAUGACCUCCACCAUCGGCCGCGGUUCACCGGAGUUGGACGGCGCCUCAUCGGGCCCGGGAACACCAAUUGCAAUAGGCUUUGAUUCGUCACGCUUCGAUCAAGAGCACCAGCACCAGCAGGCUGGGUCGGCACUGGCCAAAACGGCGAGACCCCGUCCUUCUCUUCCUUUUUGCGCGCCACCGCUAGCGGACAUCGACUUCGACUCAACAGCUGCCCCUAACACUAGUGCCACGUCGAAUGAGCGCGCACGGACCUGCGAUCCGCGACGAGACACCGAGAGGGAGGAGGUACACCCUGCCCGCCUGCAACCUUAUAUCUGCUAUGGCCCCCGGCUCCGUGCCCAUGCCAGCAGCAUACAACCCUUGACCGCCACGCUGAUAGACAGGACCGCACACCAGUUGCUGGAGCACCAGCAAGCCAUAGCAAACCUGGCUUCCGCAACCACCACCUUUUCUUCGCCGCCUCUUCCCGAGUUGCAGCUCGAUCGCAGCGAGUAUCACUCUGAUCUCACUUCAUCGCCAAUCGCUCCAGACACCCCGCGUACGCAUUACAACCUCGAUAUGGCUACUGCCACGCAUACAUCCCAGCAAAACCAAUGGAGGAGUCUCCAGUUGCCCGCAAACGACUCCUACCAAGAUCACCAUGAGCAACCCUACUUCCACCUCCAAUCCCAGCCCAUGACUAAAACCUCUUCGGCACCCUACGACAUGCCCCGCCAACAACCAUCCUCUCCCAUGUCCCGUCGUCGCCAAAACCGUGGACAUCCAGGGCCCUUGGCGGCUCCAUUGGAUCUGGCCUCCGCAUACCAACGCUACACCCUCCCCACCUCCGGCCAAGUCUCUCCGCUCUCCGGAACCUUCGAGCCACAACCCAUGUCCCGGAAACGCAGUCAUGAGGUCUUCGCGGAUUCUGAUUCUUCUCCUGUCAUGAUGGGGUUCGCAACACCCAUGACUGCCGACUUUACCUGGGGAGGAGGUGAUAUGAUGGGUACGCCAACAAAGAGAAUCUGUGCCAAUCCGAUGGGAAUUGAGUAUGGCCUCGACAGUCCAUAUCAGCAGGUGCAGAGGCAUGAGAUUAGUGAGUACAUGCCUGUGCCGGCUGAAUUGCCUUACACUUCCAUCAACCACUUUGGCAUGGUCCCGAUGAAUGCGGGCGAAGAUCCGUUCAGCGCUACCGGUGCGGCGGUGAUGUUCCCGGAUAACUACGAUAUGAACCAGGGUCACUUUGCUCCUGCUCCUCCUCCCGCCAUGGCGCAAACAUACGGAGAGCAGUUCAACUCUAGUCCUGUGGAAGAACACUUCCAGAUCCCGGAGUACAGUCUGAGGAUCUUGACGCAUCAGAGCACUGUGUACCCCUCGCCACCGAUCGAUUACGCGGAUUUGAUGCAGCAGCAACAAGGCGGGUUGUUUCCUGCCAACUACAAUCUUGCGCCUACGGCUGCUCCUGCUGCUCCUGCUACUACUGGUACGGAGGGGACGGUGUUGCCGAGGGCAAUGAGUACUCCGGCAUUGAAUCUGGGUGGGUGGACGAGCCAGGAAGUUUCUCCCCGUCGUGGAGUCUCUACCGCUGCUCCCAUCUCCACUUCCCUCGCCCCCGAAACCCCUAUCCAGACUCAGGUCCAGCUUCAAGCCAGUCCCGUUAAGACGAAAGCAAAGUCUCGCGCUCCCAAAAAGAAGAUCACCGACGCGAAGAAAGUUGUCGACCUCGUCUUCCAGAAUUUUGAUGCGAGCCAUGCACACAAGAUCUGUUCGGCGGUCGCUCCGAGUGGGAGUUCGAAGGCGAAGAAGAAGGCGGAGGAGGAGAAGAGGUUGGCGAGGAUGAUGGCGAAGGAGAGGAAGGGGAGUGAUGCUAGUGAGCUAUCGAGUGUUGUUGAGGAGGUGAAUGAGAAGGGGGAGGAGGGUGCUAUUGAGGCUUGAGGGAACAUUUACAGGAAGUGUGAUGGGGAAAAGGGCACGAACGGUCGGCGUUUUCAUUUGGACUCACAUGGUGUUUUGUUUUCAGCGUUUUUGUUUGCUUCUACGGGUCUUUGAUACGUUUACGGCCUUUGUUUUUCGGGUUAUCAUGAUGGAUUCGCAGCUGGUUCUGCGGAUAUUCUACACGGCUAUUCGGCAAUCUGGGUGACGCAAUUGCAAUGGGGAGUGGGAGUGGGGAUGGUCGGAGUUAGCUGUUGUUGGUUCGUGAUGAUAUUUUGGAUAAUGACAUAUGAUUGAUGACAUCAAUUCAAUUUGCAAAAGGA